AUGUCUCAAAAGACCGUAGCCGUUGUCGGUGCCACCGGGUUAUUUGGCAAGAGCAUCAGUCUUGCUCUUCUGGAGCUAGGCCAUAAAGUGAUUGCCAUUACUCGUAGUAUCUCGAGUAAAGAGGGUAUCAUUAAGGAGCUCGAGAAGGCCGGUGCCAAGGUAGUUGAAGUUCCAAAUCAAAAAGAUGAAGAGGCAUUGGCUGCCGUCUUUCGUGACAAUAAGGUUGACACUGUUAUUUGUGCUAUGCAUGGUUCUGCUGCGGUAAUCAGAGAUGUCGAAGGCCAUGUCAUCAAUGCUGCAGUCAAGAGUGGCACUGUCGAACGAUUGUGUCCUGAUGAGUUCGGUGUCCAUACUGGGGCUAUUCCAUGGGGAUUGGCUGAUCUCUUUGAUGCCAAGAAGGAGAUGCAAGAGCUCGUUGCCAAGUCUGGUUUGCAGUGGACGUCUAUUCUCAACGGCGGAUUGUUCGGUUAUUUCCUCCCCUCACUAAAAAACAGCGGAGCUCUCAUGAGCUUUGGUGAUAAGCACGCUCUAUUCUUCACAAACAGUCUAGAAGAUCUAGGCAAGAUGAUUGCGCAUGCUGCUACUGACGAUAGAACCAUCAACAAGUAUGUGCAGUUCCAGAUCAAUCCCACCACUCAAGCAAAGAAUAUCGAGUUGGUCCGGGAGCUCUGGCCGAAGGAGGACUUCCCUGAGAAGCACAUUGAUGAGGCCACGCUCAUCCACCUCAUGCGUGCCGAGAAGGAGAAUGAUCUUUGGGUUAUUCUCUACUCCAUCUUCUGUAUGGGUGGCAUGAACAAACUCGACUUCCCUGACACUAUUUCGGGGAACUCAAUAUUGCCUGCAGACUACAAUUUCACUUCGAUUAAAAAGUGCCUCUCGGACCCUUCUUUCGUCUUCGCAGACAAGGAGUAAAUCUCGAACACCUCAUAUAUACUAGGCUGAUAGUUGCAGCGCUAGGAAGUCUUAGACAUUCCUAAAUAGAGUGUCUGAGACUCACAUCUUAUACUUUGUUAUUCACUUUUCUAAGUGAGAGGUUCGUGCACCUCCCCUCAUCGUGAGCUCUGGUCAAUGUUCAAGCAAUCG